CGUCAUCAUCCAGAGACGGUCUUGCUGGAAAGGCCCGGAAAGAGAUUUCCUGCUGCUGUGGAAAAAAUCAGUUUGCAGACAAGUUACGAUUGAUACAUGUUUGUUGUGCGGUCUCUGGGGAAGAUGGCUGCUAGUAACCCAGUAUUGAACAGGCUAGAGCAGAGGGCCUCAGAAGCUGAUCAUGUCAUUGAGUAUUUGAAACAGCAAGUUGCCCUUCUUAAAGAAAAAGCAAUUUUGCAGGCAUCUGUACGGGAAGAAAAGAAGCUCCGCGUAGAAAAUGCAAAACUGAAGAAGGAAAUUGAAGCCCUAAAAGACCAACUUGUGCAAACGGAGAAAAAAAAUGGAGUGAAACAGGUUGAUGUUCCUAAUAGUACCACUUCUGUGUCUACACCUGCUCCCUCACAAUCCAUUGCUGAACCAGCUCCUGUGAAACCGUCCCCUCCAGCACCAAAAGCAGGGGGAGAAGAUAAGAAAAAAAAGGAGAAGCCAGAAAAGAAAGGAGAUAAAAAAGAGAAGAAGCCAGCUGUGGCCGAUGAUGAAGCUAGACCUGUUGAUGUAUCUCGCCUGGACUUGCGUGUUGGUUGCAUCAUUUCUGCCAAGAAACACCCAGAUGCAGACUCCCUAUAUGUAGAGGAAGUAGAUGUAGGAGAGGCCGCACCAAGGACUGUUGUUAGUGGCCUUGUAAAGCAUAUUCCAAUUGAACAGAUGCAGAAUCGGAUGGCUGUGCUAAUGUGUAACCUGAAACCUGCCAAAAUGAGAGGGGUCCUUUCUCAAGCCAUGGUUAUGUGUGCAAGCUCUCCAGAGAAGGUGGAAAUACUAGACCCUCCCAGUGGAGCUGUUCCUGGAGAUAGAAUUACCUUUGAGGGAUUUCCAGGAGAACCUGACAAGGAGCUGAAUCCUAAGAAGAAGACAUGGGAGCAGAUCCAGCCAGACCUCCUGACCAAUGAUGGAUGUGUAGCAACUUACAAGGGCGUGCCGUUCGAAGUGAAGGGAAAAGGGGUGGUCAAAGCCCAGACCAUGUCUCGAAGUGGCAUUAAAUAAAAAAUGUUGGGUUUAUGUUAGGAGUGCACUCCUGGUGUGCUUGUGAGCUUUUAAAGAACAACUUACAAUAAAGGCUAACAAAUUGUUAAUU